AUGAUAAAACAAGGUUAUGAAGAUUGGCUGAGACACAAAGCAGAUCGUGAAGUCAACCAUGUAAAAGUAGAAGUAGUGACAGAAGACGGUCGAUUACAGACGAUUAAGGCGCAGGCAAUUACCGUGGGUGAUAUAGUGCUUUGCCGUUCCAACGAUACAUUUCCUUGUGAUUUGCUUCUCCUCAGUUCCAGCGAACCCAAUGGAGAGUGUUUUGUCACCACAGCAAGUUUGGAUGGCGAAACAAAUCUUAAGAGAUUUGUGGCCAGCGAAUAUACGAAGGUUUUUGAUAGUCCUGAUGUGAUAGCCAGUGAACUCCGUGGAACACUAACAUGUCAACAGCCUGUAAAUGAUUUAUACUCUUUCAAUGGUAGAGUUAAUCUUGAAUCGACUCAAGGUGAACCAGAAGUAUUCCCUGUUGGACCAGAAAAUCUCUUGCUCCGCGGGGCCUGUCUACGCAACACUGAUUUCGUCUAUGCCUGUGCUGUCUAUACGGGUCAAGAUACAAAAAUGACUCUGAAUUCAAAAGGAAAAAAGACCAAGUUUUCUCAAGUCGAACGAAAGUUGAACCUUUGCUUGGCAUUGAUUUUGUGUUUUCUACUCCUGUGUGCACUGCUGUCUACCAUUCUAUACUUUACGCAAGCACAAAAGGACUCUUGGUAUACACCACCACAAAACGUAUCCGCGUGGAUUGUUGUGCAAACGUUCCUUGGUUUCAUCGUGCUAUACAAUUACAUCAUUCCAAUAUCACUCUAUGUCACCAUUGAAAUUCAAAAGUUCUUUGGAUCUCUAUUUUUCGAAUGGGAUAUAACUCUGUAUGAUUCAAACAUUAAUGAAAGAGCAAAGGCGAACACUUCAGACCUAAUCGAAGAAAUGGGUCAAGUGAGUUUUCUAUUGUUUUAA